AUGGAGGAAGCUAAAUUGUGUAAUAAUGUUUGCCAAAUUAAAGUUCCAAAAGGCUUACAGGAGCUAAUGUCUGAUAUAUCUAGAGAGGUGCUAAGAGCUCAACCCAAAAACGUCUACAGUUUUAUAGCUAACUACCUCCAUGCUCUACUCGAAGUACGUGAUAACAUAUACAUUGCUGAUGAAGUUUGCAACGAUAUUGUCGAAAGUUCCUAUCAGCCAAAGGCGAUUGAGGAAUUCAGAAACAGUCUCAUUAAAGAAGACAGUAUUGAGAACAAAGAAAUUAUGGAGAUUUUUUCUCAAAGCAGUACAGAUGACAACGUAUCUUCAACUUCCCUAGCCGGUUCAUACGUCACUUUACCUCGUCAUACACCUUAUUCUGCGCACCAGGAUACCCUGUCCAGUAUAUCAGAAAGGAACAGACGACUGGGCGAGUGA